AUGUCUGAAGACCUCAAGGCGCAUGCCGCCUCCAGCCAAGACUUCUACGCGCUGCUAGACCUCUCCUCAGCCGCCAGCGAGUCCGAAAUCCGUCGCGCCUACCGACGAACGGCAUUGAAGUACCACCCCGACAAAAUCUCCAACCCUACACAGGCAGAUUUCGAAAAGUUCCACCUCCUCCAGAUCGCCAACGAUGUGCUCUCCGACCCGUCGGUGCGGCAGCUCUACGACAAUGCGCGCGAGGCGCGCUUGCGCAAGCAGCGCGAGCGGGACAUGAUGGAUGCUGCGGAGCGGAAGAUGCGCGAAGAUUUAGAAGCUGGCGAGCAGAGGGGGCCGCAGGGCAUCAAACGACCGUGGUCGAGCACUGCGGACGAUGCGGCGGAGGCAGAGCUGCAGCGAAAAAUCGAGCAGAUCCAGGAAGAUGUGCGCCGCCGACGCGUCGCGAUGCAGGAGAAGAGGCAGCGUGAGAUGGACGAGGAGAAUAAACAGGCGCAGAAGGUGGAAGAGGAAGCACAGCCAGUGGAUCAGCCUGCUCAGCGAGUUGGCCGAUCUCAAGAGGGCAGUGUCUCGGAGGAAGAUCGGUCGAUCAAGGUGCGCUGGGUUCGUGAAGGCCGUGGGCUUGAUGUGGACGCAGACUGGCUGAAAUCCCUGCUUGCGCCAUUUGGAAAGGUCGAGAACACCGUCAUGCUCAAGGAUAAACGAGUGCGUAUCGAGGGGAAGAAGGGCAAAGUCACCCUCGGCACUGGUCUCGUUGUUUUUGCCUCAAUCGUCCAUGCCCACGCAGCUGUACUGGACAGCAAGCAGAAGAUCGGCCGGGCCGAGGGCGACUGGGCUCUUGUUGAGUCUGUCUCAUGGGCAUUUGGCAACGGGCCCGAUCUGAAGUUCGCCACCAGCAACGACAAAACGACGGCAUCCGAACAGCCAUCAUCCACAAACAAGUCGGCGCCGUCCACAACUCCAUCAUUCACCUUUCCCGGAUCGAAUCCGGUCCCGAAAGAUGGCAAGGCCCCGACGUUCGGCUCGUUUGCUUCUGCUGCGGCUUCCAUGAAUGCUCCCAAGGCAUCGUCGUUCAAACCAGCAGCUGGCAGUACGCCUAGCUUCGAGGAAGAGACGCUUAUGCGUUUGAGAGCUGUGCAGCGUGAAAAGGAAGAGCGCAAAGCCCUUGAAGAACAGCUUGCGAGGGAGGACGAGGCUGCCGAUGCUGCAGAGGCCAAGGCCAACGGCUCCUGA